AUGGCCUCCGAUUUGAAUCUAAACUUCCUUAAGGAACUGGAGCGAGAGGCUGUGCUGCAGGUCCUGUACCGUGAUCAAGCGGUGAGAAAAAUGGAGGAGGAAAGAGUAAGGAAACUGAAGAUGCAGCUGCAGCAGCUUCGGUGGAAAGGGGCAAGAAGCAUGAGCCACGAAUACCAGGAAAAAUCUUGUGCUCGCUGUUAUAAAUCCCUGGGGCUGCUGCUGAACAGAGGUGCCGUAUGCAACGGGUGCAGUCAUCGAGUGUGCUCUGAGUGCCGGGUCUGCCUGAACCCCUGCCUGUGGAAAUGCACUGUGUGUUACGCCCACGGACAAGUCCAUUUAAAAUCUGGCUUUGCUAGCUUUGAGGAACGAGCAAAGAAAUAUCCCAAUGAAGGUAGACAUGAAACAGUUGGUGCAAAGCUCUUGAAAUCUUAUCAGGAACUGAGUAACAUUUCUGUUGUUCCUCCAACUCCACCUCCUUUCACUGAAUCCACAGCAGGGAGCACCAUGACGGAACUCUCUCAGACUAAGAGAUUUAAUAAGUCUGUGGAAAACUUGUUUUUGUCUCUCACAACACAUAUGAAAAAGAUCUCUAAGUCCCAGAACGAUAUGGCUGAUAGAAGCCACCUGACCACAGACUACGGGCAGAAUGUGGAAAAGAGGAAGGAAAGGAGGAGCCAGUCUGACACUGCCAUCAACAUUACAAGCAGGCUAAAAAGCACACCCAGCCUUCAGCACCUCAUCACUGGGGCCCAAAAGGACAGUGAAACCCUUACUGAAAGGAGAUGCAAAGAGGAAGAAGACGUACUAGCCAGUCCUACAAGUGAUACAGUUUUCUGUGAGGACAGAAGACAUGGGAGUUUGUACAGUCUUAACAGCACUUGCACAGAAUAUGGCAAUUUUGGCAAAGCUGAUGUUGCAGGAGAAAUAGAAUUUGCCAUAAGAUACAUCUUCAAAGCUUGCGUUUUAGAAAUCAGCAUCAGGGGAUGCAAGAAUCUGGCGUAUGGAGAGGAGAAGAAGAGGAAGUGUAAUCCGUAUGUUAAGGUUUAUUUGCUCCCUGAUAAAUCUCCUCGGAGUAAGCGGAAGACGGCUGUCAAAAAGAGCACAGUGGACCCGGAAUUCCACGAGACCCUUCAGUACAAGGUUGAAUACUCACAGCUGGGAGGUCGGCAGCUUCAGAUCUCCGUGUGGCACGCGGGAGCGCUCAAAAACAGGGUGUUUUUGGGGGAAGUGGUGGUCCCGCUGGCAGCAUGGAAUUUUGAGGAUCGCUCAGCAGAAUCCUUCAACUGGUACCAGCUCGCGGCCAAGCUUGAAAAGCCUGAAGAUAAUCUUGGCCAGUACAGUGGUGAACUCCUGGUGUCUGCAAGACUGUCAGUACCAGCCCAGGAUAAGAAUUUCCAGCUUGAAAAGUGGAUGAGAGAAGGAAAAAAAGACCAAGUUGCUCCCAGCUGCCAGCUUCAAGUUUUGAUCUGUGGGACCAAGAACCUGCCUGUGCCAAGAUCUGCUGGCACACUGAACUCUUUCGUUAAGGGCUGUCUUAUCCUUCCGGACCAAACAGCAGUAAAGCAAAAGUCUCCUGUCCUGAAGAAAGAAGUCUGUCCUCAAUGGAAACACUUGUUUGUCUUUGGUGGUGUCAGCCCAGCUCGGCUGCAGCAGUCAUGCCUGCACCUGACUGUCUGGGACCAGGCGUCUUUUGGCUCAAGUGAUCGUUUCCUGGGGGGAGCUGCUUUUGGGGCAAAAGAAUCAUUCGGCUUUAGAGACCCCAAUUCUGAGGCAGUGCUUCAGUGGCAGAAAGUGCUCAGCACCCCUAACACGUGGAUGGACAUUUCACUUGUACUGCAUCCAAAUAAGGAAAACUUCAAAUCAUAA